GUGCUGCUGGUGCUGGUGCUCGCGGCCGCCCUGGCCGCCCCGCAGCCGGCCGCCGAUGCCGACGCCGCCCAGCCCGCGCCGCCCUGCGACGACGGCCUCGCACACAUCCCCAACCUCCCCGAGGGCGUCCGCCGGCCGUACUCGGUCCGCAAGCGCUCCCGCACCGUGCACCACGACCAGGUGGCCGUGACGGAUGACACGCCGCAGCUGCCGCCCGGCCAGCGGCGCUUCGACGCCGUCCUCCCCGACGAGCAGGGUCACGACGCGACGUCCAGCACCCCGGCCCGCAGGGCGCGCGGCCAGCGCCGCCUCUCGCUGCACGAGGACGCCGUCGUCAACGAAGUGGCCGCCGAACCACAGGACGCUGAGAUCCCCGCGCGUCGCCCUGCGCGCCGUCCUGCCGCUCGCCCCAAGAAGGUCGUGGUGGUGGAGGAGAACUAUCCCGUCAACCACCCUGCGUUCGCCGAGCACGACGCCAAAGCCGAUGCCGUAGUGGACUCGUACGAAACCGUAAGGAGGUACCCGACACACCUGCCCGCCGAGGACGGCGACGACGAGAACCUGACGAACAACGACGUCCUGAGCGUUCCGGCCAUCGACCAGGUCGCCCUGGAGGACGUGCCGACGGCGUCCACGGAAGAGCGUGGAAUAGAUAACUCCGUCCCAGCCAUCGAAGGGGAUGCUGAUCUCCCGCCAGGCUACCACAGCAAGUUCCCCAAGAGAACUUUCGCGUCGGACGCGGGCGGAUCCGGAGACGUGCUCAGGGUCAAGCCUCGCAAGCGCCUCAACCAGUACCGGGCACCCCAGGUCCCCGACGAACAGGACCUCUCUCCGUCGCCUCAGCCGGAAUUCGUCCAGGAUCAAAGACAGGUGGAACCCAGACCUCGUCCCCGCCCACGCCCGCAAGCUGUCUAUCAGCCCGAAGAACAGCAACCUGUCGAGGAUGUCGAUGCUGCCGCACCAGCCUCCCCAACCGGCCCAGGAGUGUCGUACAGGGGGGCCCACCGCGAGAGCCACCGGGUCCAAGUUGACGGAAGCGUUGAACCGAUACAGCGCCGCCAGCCACUUCGCCGCCGCCCAGUGGCCGCGACGAACCCCGUCCCCGAGGAGGCCGACGCGCAGCAGCCCGUCGAGCCUGUCCAGCCACGCCGACAACAGCCGCAGCGACGCCGGCCACGACCGAGGCCCACCCCGGCCGACGAAGUCCAGGUUCAGACCCAACAGGAGCAGGACCAGCAGGAGCAGAGGCCAGCUGUGCGACGGCGGCCACGCCCCAGGCCUGCCCAGCAGCAACAGGACGAUGUACAGGUAGCGUCGCAGGACUCACAGGACAUCACUGUGCACGAUAACACAGUCACUCCCGCUAGCCAGCCUAGCGCGGACGAACCUCAGCGACGUCCCCUUCGUCGGCGUGCCCGCCCGAGACCAAGGCCCGUCGCCGUCGAGGAAGUGGACGUGAGCCAGGACCUGGACAACACUGUUCAGACAACGGCCUCUCCGCCCGUACGCCGACGGCGUCCCCAGGCAGCGAAGUCGAGGACGGUAUCCGAGGAGUCGUUCCAGGUUCAGCAGACGGGCUCACGGGGACACGGCAGGAGGCUCGAAUCUGCGUCCGCCCAGCAGGGCCUUCCUCAGGUCCAGGUGGAACACGACGGAUCAGCCAAGGAGGGCCACGAGCCGACCCUCGUCCGAUCUGCUCUAAAGAAGGUUCCGGAGGGCGCCCACCCGGGCGACCCGAGUCCAGCGCUUAUUCAGAAGAUUGUGAAGAACACACUCAAAAGACUCAAGCCUCAAAUAGCGGAGCACGAAGGAGAUGUUAAAGUUGACAUCUUGGUAAAAGUCAUCCAAGUUGAAGACAGAAAGUAAUCAAAAUAUUAAAAUAAGUUAGUGUGCAUACAGGCAAGAAGAUUCAAGUCUCCCCAGGGGGGAAAUAAUUCCCGACCAUGUACACCUCACUGAUGACUUCAUGUAAUAUUUCAUUUCAACUCCAUUCAUUAAAAAAAAUCAAAACUCAACAGCUCACCAUAACAGAAAAAGAAAAGCACGAGAAACAUUAAGUGUGCAACCUCAGAUUUAUUUCCCCCCUGAAUUUAGUGGAUGCUGAAUCUAAUAAAAGUUUCUGUACCUUCUGACAUUGCACAGUUAGAUUCAAGUAUCCUCAACAUUGCUCAACUGGUGUGUGAAAUUUGAGAACCAUGCAAACCAAAUCAAUGUAGAACUAUUCUUAAGUAAUGCUUUUACUGCCAUCUAGUCUCUCUUGAAUGCAUGGAAAAUCAGAAGUACAAAAUGCAAUUAAAAUUACUUUAAAGGAGA